CUGAACUUUAAACAACAACCUGCUGAACUUGAAGAACUUACAGAUCUGAUAUCAAGCCAAAAGACACAGGAUUCAUCAAAACAUGCAUUCAACAAAAACAGGAAGAAACAAACAAUAAGGAGAAAACUGUAAGUCUAACUGAACUCACAAAAAAAUUCUUUAACUGAAAUGGAAAUGAGGAGGAACAGCGCGGACAUACCUCCUGUAUCAUUAAAUCUGCGUAUUGUGCUGUUGGGUAAAACUGGAUCAGGAAAGAGUGCAUCAGGAAACAUCAUCAUAGGUGGAGACAGAGACUCAUUUGAAGUAGGUUUUUCACCUGAGUCUCACACUGAAAUUUGCCAGGCAGCACAUACAAAAGUGAAUGGACAAAACAUUCAUGUGACUGAUACUAUAGAACUUCCUGACCUAGAAAAAAAUAAAAAAAUAGAACAGAUAUUUGAAUGUUCACGUGAGGGUGUUGAUGUGUUUUUGCUGGUGAUUAAUUUGGUGGAGAAACUCUCAAAGGAGCAGCAGGACAAUCUGAACUUGAUGUGGAUUCAGGACAUUUUUGGGACAACAGCUUUAAAACACACAAUGGUGCUCUUUACUCAUGGAGAUCUAUUAAAUGAGCCAGUAGAGAUAUGUUUGAGUAAAUCUGAAACACUGAGGUCACUGGUUGAUCAGUGUUUCGGCAGAUAUCAUGUGUUUAAUAACAAAAGUGAAGAUCAAUCUCAGGUCACUGAACUUCUGAGAAAGAUCGAGUCAUUGAGGAUGAUGAACGGAUACAAUAAAUAUGCUAAACAGGACUAUGAGAUGCAGAAAAAAAUUCAAAAUGAAGCAGAAAGAAAAGAAAGAUUACUGAAAGAAAAAAGGGAAAGAUUAUUAAAAGCAGUAGCAAUAGUAGUCCAUGGAUUAGGAGCAGGAGUAGGAGCAGCAGCAGGAGGAGCAACAGUAUUAACAUUAGCAGGAAAGAUGGGAGCAGAUACAUUAAAAGAAUUUAAAGCACUAGCUGGAGCAGCAGGAGGUGCAGCAGCUGUGGCAGGAGCAGUUAGUGCUGGAGUUUUCUAUCUUGCUGGAAAAAAAAAAAAAAAACAGAUGAAAGUGAUGGAAAGACCCCACAGCAUAACUAAACAAUGCUGUAUAUAA